GUUCGCUACAGUCCACGACCCACGAGUCCAUUCGCUUGUGCGACGCGGUGAAAUGUGUACCGGUAUCUUUGUUAAAUAUGUGCAUCGUUAAUUAUUAAUUGCACAAAUCGCGCUCACCACCACUGUGCGCGGGUGUUCUUAAGAGUCCAUUGACUGUCAGUCUGUUUUGCAAUCUUUCCUAAAAGAUUGUCGAAUCGUAAGUGACGUAAGAUGGCAUCAUUGAAGUUACUAGCGGGGGGUGCAAGUGCCAUCGGUGCUAGUGCCCUUACCUCCUAUUUAUUGCUAUGUGACAAUACCGUGCACGCAGACAAGCCAAGGGUGAAGCCUGCAAAAAGGCCUCUGCCAACCAGAGAGGAUCAAGUAAAAACUUUGAAAACUCAUGGCGAAUAUGAUGUUCUUAUCAUUGGUGGUGGUGCGACAGGAGCUGGGUGUGCAUUGGAUGCCUGUACACGAGGUCUGAAGACAGCUUUAGUAGAGAGAGAUGAUUUCGCAUCUGGCACGUCUUCCAGAAGUACAAAACUCAUCCACGGAGGGGUUCGUUAUCUACAAAAGGCCAUCCUGCAGCUGGAUGUGGAACAGUACAAAAUGGUUAAGGAAGCUUUACAUGAACGAGCAUCUAUGUUGCACAGUGCGCCUCAUUUGGCUUACCCUUUACCUAUUAUGUUGCCAGUUUACACAUGGUGGCAAAUACCUUACUACUGGUUCGGUAUAAAGAUGUAUGACGUAGUCGCUGGAAGUAAAACGGUCAAAUCAUCCUACUUCCUUAGCAAAUCAAACGCGUUAGAACUGUUUCCUAUGUUGAAAGGAGAUAAACUAACAGGGGCUAUUGUUUAUUAUGACGGUCAACAAGAUGAUGCGAGAAUGAAUUUGGCAGUUGCCCUUACCGCUUCGCGUCACGGGGCAACAGUUGUAAAUCACGUCAAAGUUGUUAAUCUCUUAAAAGGUCGCGAUAAGGAUGGUAAUCGCAUACUAACUGGCGCUCACGUGAAAGAUGACCUCACAGGGGAGGAGUGGGAUGUUAAAGCAAAGGCAAUAAUUAACGCAACAGGCCCGUUCACAGAUCAUAUCAGAAAAAUGGACGAUCCAAGCAUACCAGAAAUCUGUUCUCCAUCAUCUGGCGCGCAUAUCGUUCUUCCAGGUUAUUACAGUCCUGAUCAAAUGGGAUUACUGGAUCCAGCAACGAGCGAUGGCCGAGUAAUUUUCUUUUUACCCUGGCAAAAGCAAACGAUCGCAGGAACGACCGAUUUGCCCUGCGAAGUAACGCAUAAUCCCCGGCCAACCGAAGACGAGAUCAUGUUUAUCUUACGCGAGGUUAAAAACUAUCUUAAUCCAGACGUUGAGGUGCGUCGCGGAGACGUGUUGUCCGCCUGGAGCGGUAUCAGGCCCCUCGUAUCCGACCCGAACAAACCCAACACCCAGUCGCUCGCUAGAAAUCACAUCGUACACGUUAGCCCUGCCAAACUGAUCACGAUAGCUGGAGGAAAAUGGACAACGUACAGGGCAAUGGCUGAAGAGACAAUCGAUGCAGCUAUCAGAGCUUGCGAUCUGAAGCCUGAAAGGCCCUGCCAAACCAAUGAUUUCCUCUUAGAGGGGGCUCAUGGGUGGAGUCCAACGAUGUACAUUAGAUUGGUGCAAGAUUUUGGCUUGGAAUGCGAAGUUGCACAGCAUCUGGCCAGGAGUUACGGAGACCGUGCGUUUGCCGUUGCGAAAAUGGCUUCUCUGACUGGUAAACGUUGGCCAAUUAUUGGUAAAAAGAUUCAUCCCGAGUUUCCGUACAUCGACGCCGAAAUUCGAUACGGGGUUCGCGAAUACGCGAGAACAGCGAUUGAUAUGAUCGCGAGACGGCUAAGAUUGGCGUUCUUGAACGUUCAAGCAGCACAAGAAGCUCUUCCAAGUAUAAUAGAUAUCAUGGCAGAAGAGUUGCACUGGACACCCGAGGAGAAGCAGAACCAGCAUAAGGAGGCCAGCGAAUUCCUCGCCAACGAAAUGGGACAUACGGUGAAUCGUGUGUCCCGUGAUAAAAUUCCCAUCAACCUUACGAAAGAAGAGAUACAACUGUACAUUAAGCGUUUCGGUAUCAUUGACAAAGAUAACAAGGGAUACGUUUCCAUUAACGACAUCAGGAGAGGACUUAAGGUACUUGGCUUAAAACUGAAGGAAGAUGAGAUGCACACUUUGCUCAAUGAAAUUGAUCUCAGUUACAAUGGGCAAAUGGAACUGCAAGAUUACUUACAGUUAUUCGGUGACAAGGAAGUACCUGGUGAAGAGCUUCAUGAAAUACUGCGCGAAAUCGACACUAAUAUGAACGGUCAGGUCGAGUUGGACGAAUACCUUCAGAUGAUGUCGGCUAUCAAGUCUGGACACGUGGCGUAUUCACGGUUCGCAAGAAUGGCAGAAAUGGAGGAAGCGGAGCACGACAAGGACGUAUUGAGGAAAAAAGUCACUGUAGAGAGAUCAGGCGGUGGACUGUAAAGGAGUUCAUAUUUGACGGCAAUUGUACAAUAUCCGUACUAUUCAAACCGCGGUUGAAAAUAUUCAAUUGUUUAAUUGUAUAAUCUCUGUUCACUUGAAACUUCACUGUACGUGUAGCUGAUUUUUAGUACAAACGUUUCAGGUCAACUUGCGCGCACCAACGAACAAUUAUGUGGCAUUCAGUAUGGUUUUAUUGCACAAGUGUAAAUCAAUUACACUUUUAAAUUUAAAUUUCAUGUAAAUAUCUUAUGUACAGCAUUUCAAUUUUAUUUACUACACGAGAGUAAAUGUGUUCUAUUUGUAUAUAAGAUUGUCGCAGAGUUCAGCCUUGAAAUUCAGUGACGCGAUUUAAGUGUACCCUUGUAAAUCAAACGCAGUUAUCAAAAAUUAUUGUUACUCGUUCGUUCUCUACAUUGUAAAUUUUCAUGAAUCUUACAGCACGUUAGCUAUUUUAAAUGCCAUAAUCAAAUAGGACAAUUAAAGUUAGAAAAAUUGAACAUCGUUACGGUUUAGUAUAAACUAAUACCAUCUUCAGUUUUGCGUAAAACGUUCUCAGAAUAUAGGAACAGAAAGUUCGUACAUUUUAAACUUUUAAAUUUGUUACGCUUCAUUUCAUGUAACAAAAUCGUCAAGUACUGUGAAUACUUAUCUCUAGGUAUGUUACAUGUGACAAUCCACACAUGACACGAGUUAACUUUAUUAUUAGGACUUGAAAAACGGAUUUAUUUAUAAAUUGUAUUAAUUGUUAAUGUAUAUUAGAAUCAAUCUACUAUAUAGAUUACUCUGUUAUUUAAAUAAUUAUUUAAUUUAUUGCCACUACCGUCGUACAGUCAACAGAAAAUCGACGUUAGAGAUUAAUUUCUUUCACUGUCAUUAGUCAUUACCAUUGACUUAAUAAAAGCCAUAUUGGACUAUC